AGUGUGAGGCCACAGCACAAGCAGCCAACAAUGUAUGCAGCCUCAUUGUGAAGAUUCAAUGCCAGGGGGGCGGAGCCAAGGAGCUUGCGGCCUCAAAGAGGCAAGCUGCCUUCACGUGCUGCCAGUGGGCUAUCUGCAUCACACGCAGCCUGUGUGCUAUUUAUUUAUAAACUCCCCCCCCCCCAUUACAGCAGCAAAAGCAGAAGCCAAGUACCUGGGUGCAGAGCAACUUCAGUGCAUGUUUGCAGGAGCCCUUGUGGGCGGGACAUCGUCAGUCUCGUGGCCAUAGCAGAGGUGAGACGCCAAGGAGACCAGAGGCAAGGCGAUGAGCCAAGAACCUGUCAACAGACACACACACACACGGUGUCUGCCGGCGAUCACGCGGCUGCAGGUUGCCGGAGUCACAGCAGUGCGACCCUAACUCAGACCUCCCUUCACCCUCUUCCCCGAGACGUCAGUGGACCAGUGGGCUGUGCACUGGCCAUGCCCCACCCGAGGCUGCGGGUGUUCAGCUGCCUCAUGCUGCUUCUGCCCGGUCACCAGGCCUUCCUGCCCAACUUCUGGUCCCAGAUCUUGACGAUGUCUUGGAGCUCACACACACACCAAUACAUGACGGAGCAGGCCCUGCUCAACGUCACACUGGCGACGCUGGGUGCCAUGGACAGAGGCAUUGCAGGGAAGGACAGGUUGGGCCGGGAGUUCUGGCAUGCAGUUGGAGAGGUGGUGAGAGCCAACGCCGCCAUGGACUUCCUGAGCUCCACACGGUCAGACCCGGUGUACCACUUCGACUCCGAGCAUGUGGAGGAGGCUGCUGCCAUGCUUCGGGAAUUUUGGGCCCAGACCCUGCUCUCUGUCCAGGCCAAGAAGUACCAAGGUGCCCGGCAGAGUCUGGGCCAGCUGUUCCAUUCCCUACAGGAUUUCUACAGCCACAGCAACUGGGUGGAGAUGGGACAGCGCUCCUUGUACCUUCAUUUGCUGCACCCAGAGGAGCCUUCAAUACCAGUGGCUUCAGAGGACACUCCAACCUGCACUGACUGUUACACAAGCAGCUGCAGGAACAACAUCCUGAGCCAGCUCACAGAGAGAGAGCACACCCCACUACUCACCACGGGGUACUUCAGCACUCAGCCCAAGAAACCACCAGGUAAGUGCAGCCAUGGCGGGAUCCUGGACAGCAGCCGGCACCACGGGGCCCAGGGCGGCAUCAACAAGGACAGCACCUCCCCCUUUUUCUCCCCGCACCACUAUCUCCAUGAAGAGGCCGCCCAGCUCGCCACCGCGGCGACCAGGGCCGUGCUGCUGGACCUGAGGGAGGCCGUGGGAGCCUCCAGCUUCCUGAGGCUGUUCGGCGUGGGCCAGCAGCCGGCCCUCGUGUUCGUCAUGGAUACCACAGGCAGCAUGUUCGAGGAGAUCACAGCUGCCCGCCUCCGCGCCCUGUCCAUCAUCCGGGCUCGUGCCAAAGGCCAGCAGCAGCCAAGCACCUUCAUCCUGGUGCCCUUCCAUGACCCAGGGGUAGGUCCUGUAUACGAGACGGACGACCCAGAGCAGUUUAUGAGGCAUAUGGAAAGCCUGCUGGCCCUGGGGGGCGGAGAUGAACCGGAGAUGUGCCUCUCGGCAGUGCUGUUGGCCCUGACUCACACCCCCCCCCUGUCAGAAGUGUUUGUCUUCACCGAUGCCUCCCCCAAAGAUGCUCACCUGUAUGAUGCGGUGGAAGCCCUGAUGCGGGAGAAGCAGUGCAAGGUCAGCUUCCUGUUGACGGAGGACCUGAGUCCCGUGGUGUGGAGAAGGGAGAUAAGAAGAGUGAGGCAGGCCUUGUCCCCAGAGCGAUUCUCCCUCUACUACAAAUUGUCCUCCGUGUCAGGGGGCCUGACCAUCACCACCACCAACAGUGACAUCCAAAAGGCGUCUGCCAUUGUGCAGGACAACAUCUCUGCCGGCAAGGUCACCCUGCUCCAUGUGGACAGUGAUUCUGUCUCCGCCUCCUUCCACUCGUUUCACGUGGACCAUGCGGUGAAGUCGGUGACGGUGCACCUAGCCGGUGUGCUGAAGAGUUCCAUCCUCACCAGCCCUACAGGUCGGACCCAGUUCCUGCUGGAGCAGCAGCGCCCCCUGGCUCACCUGGAGAUAUCUCACGGCCUUUACCGGAUCAGCCUGCUGCCCCCCAUUGAGCAGGGCACCUGGAGACUCCAUGCAGAGACAGACGGCCACAUUACCAUCCAAGUCAUAGGUGACAGCAGUGUAGACUUCCUGUACUAUUUCGCUGUGCUGGCUAAUGGCACCCACCCAGGUCUGGCCAGGGUGCAGGGCACCCCCGUGGCAGGUGUGCCUACCUUUCUGGUACUUUCCAUAAUAGGCCUGUCUCCAGAUGACAAAGUUUCUAUCAGCCAUGUAACUUUGGUGGGCAGCAGAGGAGAAAGCCUUCUGGUGGUGCCACUCAACUCCUCCUCGUCCUCCUCUUCCUCCAGCGAGGAGCUGGUGGGCAGGAUAGAUUCGAUGCCCAGGGAGCCCUUCAGCCUGAGGCUGACUGGAAGAGAUGGGAGGGGGAACAGGCUGGAGAGGGUCUCCACGGAGAUGAUCCAGCCCACGCAUGUGCAGAUACAGGUUCUCUCCAUGCCCCCCCUGAUUCCUGGUGAAACUGCUAUGGUGCGUUUUGACUUGUGGAACCACGGCCCUGCCCGGCAAUUCACCCUAACCGCCAAAGACGAUCACGGGUUCCUCUUACAGAAAGGUCCUCGCAGGCUCUCUGCUGGUGAGGGAGGUCGGGUGAGAGGGGAGGUGCUGCUGAAAACCCCAAACGCCUCCGAAGCCGGGGAAGGGGUGACGCUCACUCUGAGUGCCCGUGCGCUGGACACCCCAGAUUCGAACUACGCUGUGGUGCGGCUGAACGUCAUUGUGCUGGACCAGGAUGCCACCCCCCCGACUUGUUUGGCAAUACAAGCGAAGGCGUCCUGCACUGCGGACUGCAGCCGUGGCAGAUGGACCUCAUCUCUAAUGGUGGUGGACAGGGGGAGAGCCGGCCUGGCUGCUCUGCAAGUCUCAGAGGGCCGGGGCAACCUCACCAUUCUCCAGGAAGGAGGUCAGUCGGAAGGAGGAGACAACAAUGACCGUGCGGAGCCGCGAGUGGGACAUGGCCAGACCAAGCUUGACGUGCCUGCCGGGGUCCGGGGGCGGCCUCUGAAAGUGAGCUACACCUCCAGCUGCUGCUUCCCCCGAGCCGAACUGCUGGUAUGGGACAGGGCAAGAAACAUGAAGCGCUGCCAUCUGUCAGCCAGCCAGCAGGGGGCGAUAAUGGAAAGCAUUAGUGCUGCUAGGAGGACUGAAAUCACACUGUGUGUCAUGCUGCUGAGUAUCCUGUGGCCAAUACUGAUGUAGCUGUGUCAGGUGUACAAACUUGAUUCUUUCCCGAAAUAGCAUAUUACCAAGUGUGGGUUAUGCUUGUUGAAGUCUGUUUUCCAGCUCUGUUCUGUCCCAUUUUUAAUAGCAAUGCCGAUGGACACAUUUGGCUUUUGACUGUGCUGAACCUGGCCACAUAUUCAGAAGUGAGGAACUUCAUCAUUCCCUUUGUUUGAUUACAUGGUUUACUGAGAGAACAUUUUUAAAGUAUUGUAGGUUAUUUUGUAACAGCUGCAAAACUUUACACAUCUCGGAUGAUGUCCCUUAUCUUUGCUUUUUAAGUCUGUAGCCUGGAAAAACAAGGUCAGAUUAUUGCUGCUUAAAUAAAACAAAUAUUCAGAACAUU